AAAAGAGAGCGAGAGAGAGAGAGGACAAGCAAGAAAACUUUUCACUUGUGAGGAUCCACAGAGGACGAGUGUGUGUAUAUGUGUGUAUAUGUGUGUGUGAGGGAGAGAGAGAGAGAGUGUGGGUGUGCUGGAGCGGGCGACCAUGCAGGAGGAGUGUGAGGAGAAGGUGAGCAGUAACAGCAAUGGGACAGCAGAGUGGCUGUGCCCUUUGUGCCAAAAAGGGCAAGCUGACAGAGGCUCCCUGUCGCAACACCUCACCAACCAACACAGCGUGCUCCCAAACUGUCUUGACAAACUGCUAGACAUUUCUGUUCUCAAACAAGAGGCGAGGGAAGAAGAGAGAAAAGGCGCUCUAUUUACUUCAGCUGCAGUUUGUCCACAAGAGAGGCCGCCUGAAGACAUCGCUUUGGAACCCCGUCAACCUAGUUUAGACGCUACCCAUAGAGAUAAGGAGAUGGAAGAAGACAGAAUGUUGGACCAGGAGGGAGGUGAAGCUGAACCGCAGCCAGAUGAGGCAAAUGAAAUCGCAGAAGCAAACGAGCAAAAUGCGGCUGAAAAUGAAGAAGAUGGCAGUCCAAAGUCUGCUCUUGAUAACUGCGUGCCUGGGGAGAAUAACGCUCGUUCAUUCAAAUGCAGCGCCUGCCUGGAAACCUUUACCAGCCGAACUGCCCUGAGUGUUCAUUAUUACUCUGCCUCGCACAUUCAGAAAAUGACAACAAUACAAGGUGGCGAAGCUGAUUCUCAAUCUGUGUCUGCCCUUACUCGGCCAUAUGUCUCAAACAAACCCUACCAGUGUGCUGUAUGUCGAGUAUCAUACAAUCAUUCUAUCACCCUUGAGAGCCAUCUCAAGUCUGUCUUGCAUCAGACCCGCAGUCGGAAUGCUGCAAACAACGCAGUUAGUAGUGGUGGAGGCAGCACCACCAGUACUCCAAACAUCACAGUGAGUACUGCUGCAAGUGGAAGCAGUCAGUUGGCCACCGGCACCACCAAAUGUGGAACCGUGAUGGUGACCACAGCAAACACAGAGCAGAUCCAAACUUCCCAAGCGGCCGCCUCUCUCAUCACCCCAUCGGUAGUCUCGCCCCAGGCUGUCUCUGCCUUUCUCACCCUCCUCACAUCCAGCCCGAGUGCUUUGUCACACCCCCUCAUUCCGUUUGCGUCUAGUGCUGGGACAGACGCAGCACAGAUUGUGCCUCAGCCUCACAUGGUCAUGCCCUUGAUCCUGAAUGGCCUCCAAGCCCAGCAAUGCUCCGAGAACCAGCAGGGACAGCUCCUUACCCAGUGUGUGCCAUUGGUGGGUCUCAAUGCAGCACAGCAAGCUCUCCUGACCCAAAGACUUAGCAUGUUACAGCACCAGUGGCCUCCCGUUGCUAUUCCAGCUAAUACACCAGCGGCCCCAGAGCAGCAAAAACCGAGUGUUAAGCAGGAGAGUAGUGGGGCUGAAGAACAUAUGAUGGAUGGGGUUCGCAUUAAGACAGAGGAACCUGAGGAAGAGAGUAAUAAAAUGAGGGACCCUUGGAAAGCAACAACAGACAGCAAAACCUCGACUCACCAGGUGGACAUGGAAGUUGAGAAGCCAGCAAGUCCAGGUCCCUCCCCUGCUGCCAUAGAGAAAAGUGUCCAUGACAACAACCGCUCACCCUCUCCAUCAAUGCCUAGCAACUCAAGUUACAGCCCUGUACAUUUAAGUCUUACACUCAGCCCUGAUUCCACUCCACAAAAAUCCCAAACAACCACCGGUUUGAGCGGUUCUGCUAGUACCCCGAAAUCAAGCCCCGUCGCCUUAAGUAACAAGUUUCGGCUACGUUGCAAUAACAUGGGAUCGGUUUAUCCAGAACUUCCAGUGUUGUCCGAGUUCCAGUCAGAGGUUCUUUGGGCUUUCUUUGAGUCACGGAGCGAGGCGGAUGCUGCAAGUCCUCCCCGUGAGGAUUGCGAGGCGCUGGGACGAGAGGUGGGGCUUUCUGAGGAGGAGGUGCGCCAAUGGCUGUGCCAAGCCAGAAAUGCCAAACAGAGACAGAGAGCAACAGAGCAUGCACACGAACAAGGUUUGUCGGAAUCUUCAAAGAUCAAUCAAGGCAGCGACAAUGACUAUGACGACGAAGAAAACUCACUGAUUAUAGCAGAGGAGGAAGAAGAGGAAGAAGAGGAUGAUGAUGCUGAUGUGUCAGGCAGUCAGGCGAUGGAUUUGUCGAGUACAAAAAGGCGGCGCAUACAGAAAAGUUCCGGAAAGAAAGGUCAGGGAGCUUCCUGCCUGACUUCUGACUCUGAGAAUGAGGUCUACACUUCUGUGAUUGUGUCAGAUGAGGAAAGUCAGAAUGAAGGUCUGCGAGAGGCCCCCAAAAGCCCUGCUAAAGACGAAGUGCAACCUGAUGUCCAUUGUGACAAAGGAGUUAUUGGAGGAAAAGUCUUGCGCUCCACAACUGUAUUUCUCUCAGAUGCGGAGGAUGAUGAUGAAGAUGAAGAUGGGGGAGGGAGCCAUCGGCCCAGGAAGAAAAAACGAAAAGGGGAGUUUGAACAUGAGAUGGAAGUGAAAAGAGAGAGACAGGAUCCGGAUGUGGACCUCGAGCUGGAGGCCCAAGCGGAUCCUCCAAGUUCACAGCCCUACUCCAUCGACCAGAUUCCUACUGCUCUUCAUUCUCUUCCUCUGUCCCUCACACCUUUUUCCACACAAUUCCUGAGUCCUUAUGUCCUCUCGCUUGCUCCAUCACUAGUUGGAGUUGGGAGCAAAGUACCAGUCUUUUCCAACUCAACCUCUUCCCUUGUAUCGCAAUCACUCUCUUCCAUCAACCAAACUUCUCAAUAUUUGUCCAAUGGCUUUGACUCUGAGACUGCACUGGAUCUCAGUAUGGGAAAAAAUAAUUCAACCUCCUGUCUGGCUGACAAAAACUCAUUACAAAAAGGGGCGUGGCUGGAUGGACUUGGCCUGAGGCCCACAUCCCAAGGUCUGGUUGUGGUUCAGAUUAAACCCGACUCUCUCACCACCAUGACCUCUUCAAAUACUUGUAUGAAUCUGGUCAACAGCAAUAACACGACCAAGUCCAUUAUUUACACGAAAGUAGCCGAGAAAACGAAUGCAGCAUUUUUAGAUAAUGAAAAAGAGAAGGACAAGAACCCUGAGCAGCCACAGCAGAGGAGGGCCAAAGGGAGAAGAUACCACGAUAUGCGGCGCUCAAGGACCAUCAUCCAAGCAGAACAACUCGACAUUCUGUAUGGAUGCUACUUCAAAGAUCCAAACCCUGGAAAACAUGAGUUUGAACAGAUCGCAGAAUGGGUUCGCCUUCCCAAAAAAGUGGUUCAGAUAUGGUUCCAGAACAUGAGGGCGAGGGAACGUAAGGGUGAGGUCCGAUUCAUCAGCGACGGAACUCUGGCAGCAGUUGGUAAACCUCUCAUCAAAUUCACCUGGCCUCUUUCCAAACCCAUUUUCUCCAACAAGCUUGUCCAAGACAACACUGGAAGCAUCACCAGCGCUCCAAUUGUGCGCACGCUCAUUCGACCCGAGUGCAAACCUGCCAAUAUGGUGAAAAAAACCACCCCUGUUCCGAUCAAGCCCAAGGAGAUUGUUGCUUCUUCUACCGUCUCCGUGGUGAGCAGCAGUGCCUCUGCAAUGCCAAAGACCAAGCUUGAAACCACCAGCAAUGUUACCAUGGUCCAAGUUGCACCCAGCAUCAAUGCCCCCAUCCUUUUAGCAUCUCCCAAGGAUCUUGUUUCCAUCGCCCCGCGACUGGAUCAGCAAAAGCAAUUACAAGAGGAGAGUGAGGAGGAAAAAACGGAUGAAGAGGGAGACGAUGAGAAUGAGACGGGUCCUCCGGUAACAAACCGCAUGGUACCCAAGCUGACGACAGCUACCAAUAACAGGCCUGAGCUGCCCCAGACACAGAAUGGCCUUAAGUACUGGACCUCUAAAGUCCCAAUCAAAAUUAACACGCUCUCCAGAGAGCAACUGGGUCUUCCUGCUCGUACCAUCCUCCCUCCCCCCACUCCCGCCAUCGCACCAGUCAGCCCAAACAUCCCUGUUUCAACCAAGGUGGUCAGGCCAGCCCCUGUUGUGAUGGCUAAACCCACUCCCCCGGAAAACAGCUUCCUCACCCACUCUUCCAGCCGCAGGCCACGCACGCACCUGUCCUCCCUGCAGCUCUACAUCCUGCAGUCCUGCUAUGAGACUUGUGCCCACCCUAAUGCCAUCGAGUGCGAGGCCCUAGGCACGUCGCUCAGCCUGCCCCUCAAGGUGGUCCAGAUCUGGUUCCAAAACACCAGAGCCAAGGAGAAGCGCUGGAGGCUGCAACAGGAGAAACUGUCUCUAUCAUGUGGUGGGAAGGUGGACAUAAGCUCAGGAAGCUACCUGCAGUACACCGCUCUCAAAGCCAAUCGCCCCAUCAUGCCUAAACCUGUACAGCUUAACUUUACUGAAUCCCCAACUUCCCCGGGGACUGGCCAGUCGGGGCAGAGCGAGGCCCUGACAGGCUGUUGCACGGUCUGCAAAGUCUCGUUUAAAUCUGGGGCCGCUGCGAGGGCCCACGUCUUCUCCCCGCAUCACCUCACAAUGCUGCGAACCACUGACUUUGGCCAGCCGGGGACGUUCGUCAACAAGAACGGAACUAGUAGCGCUGUAGCUAGCCCCGGUGCAAGUUCUGGAAUCGAGGUCGUCCUCGAGUUGCCUCCAUCUUCGGCCACCAGCAAAAGCUAAAAAAACCCCCCCUCAGAUCAGGAUUGGUCUGAACACUGACUAUCGGACCCGCUUGGGCUCCUCAAAUUUUAUUAAACAAGUUUGAGCACUAUUCCUUCUCACAACCUAACUUCAUUUUUUUGUUUGUUUGGAAGUUAACUUUUUCCGCACCCCCCAUAUCCAAAUGGACCGAUUGACCCGGAAUCAAACAGAGCAAAGAACUCUUCCUAUGCUGCUUCUGAUCUCAUCAGUUGCUGCACAAGUGAUGGAUAUGUAUUUUAAUUCUCUCACAACUUCAUCCUUUUUUGUUUAAUUUCAAGACCUUCCUACAAAAUGAAGGCAUUCAAACUUGCCAUGAUAAGAGACUGAAGCAGAGGCCUUUUGGUCCUUUGGAAGCAGAAAGUCACUAUUUGGGAUUACACAAAAUACUCACAGUAAUAACUUUCACUUUACUCCUGUGGAAUAUUAUUUUUGUUUCCUUUUUACCUCCUUAGCAAAGCUUGCGUGGGUAUAAGAUGAAUGGACUUAACAAAUGUGAUGACUGUCACCUUUUUAUUUGUGAUCUGGGGAGUGUAUUCAUUUGGGAAAUAAUAGUGGUACUUUAGAGGGAUAGGAGAGGGCUUUUAAAUUUCCCGCCACCCAUGUAUAGUUUUCAUGACAAUCCAAACAGGUUAUAGUAAAGACGAGAAACUUGGCAUACCGCACUUUGACACAUUUUACAUAGUUUGAAAUGUUUUUAAGCAUUCUAAUGCAAGUGUCUUUUUAUGGAAAGAUGCAUUCAUGCAUGUUGGAUGCCUUUAAUAUAAAUUGUGAAAAAAAUUGAUUCAUUUUCUUUUGCUAAUAUCCUGAAACAUGCUUUAGGUGUAAGCAUAUUGGGCAAGAGGUUAUAAACACGAAAGAGCUCUGUCCACAAUGGCUUUUUACACACUUAAGGGCCGGGAGUAGAUCUGAAUGUCAUUUUUUUGAUAGAAUAUAGCAAGUCCUGCCUGUAAUGAUGUUGCCAGCUUUUCUCCCUCUCAGCCAAGGACAAAAAAAUGACAAACCCAUGUGUUUUUUGCAAAUAAUCUUUGAUCCUGUGGAUUUCCAUUUCCCACCCAAAUUACGUGUUGUGUAAUAUGUCUCAUUUUAAAAGAAGCGCUCUUCAAAACUGGCAGAAAGUCUUUUUUUUAUUUUUAUUUUACCACAGAUUUAUGACUGCCUUAAAAAGGAUCCUUGUUUUUUCCCAAUUGACUGGUAUGUAAGGUCUGAGUCAUAUUCCAAAUAGUAUAAAUUGUUCUACAAACAAAAACUAUAGCACCCCCUCUAACUUGUGCAGUCGCUAAUUCUGGUAACGCACAUGUUAUGUAAUGGGAUGUGAUCUGUUCAAACCAAACAAGGGAGGAAGUUGGGUAUUAUUAAUAUCCUUAAGGCAUAAUGGAUGCUCCAUUCUAGGAAGUACAUUGGGGAACAUUGUAUUCAUUUUGACAGAGUUAAUAAGAUGGUGCUGUGUUGAAGGACACAACUUACUAAAUGUUUUUCCUUCAGUUUGUAUAUUAAUGUUGCUAUUGAUAGUUUUAACACAAAUGCAAACCUAAAAUGAUCUUUUUUGUAAAUGAAAUAUAUUAAAAGUAACUGAUAUUCCAAAGUAAUUCUUUUUUUCCCGCUUUUUGUCAUUUAAAAAAAAAGAAAAGAAAACCAAAAAGCAAUCUUGAGGUGGCUUUGAGAGCAGGAGAGGUGUUCACAAAUGCAAACUGUAAAGAACAUCCCACAUCGUGACACUUGCACUAGUCCACUAUAUUUGCACAAGCUACAGACAUUUCAAAAAAACGAAAGCAGCCAUUAUAAAUGCAAACCGAAAGCAAGUAACUCGGUGUGUGUCUUCAAACAACACCGUGGCGGUGUUCUUUCAUGAAUUCUAAAAAUGUGUGUCUGUUGGAAACUAUCUUGUAUGUAAAACUUAAGGCUAUGAGUGCUUGAACCUCAAGACUGGGAUAACACACAUACACGGUGUUGCACUGUCCAAAUUAGAUUAGAGUUUUUAUGGAGAUCUGCUUUUUAUUAUCUUACAUUUCAUUCUCACUUUGAUUAUCACUAGUGUGUUAACUGUUUUACUACUUAUUACCAUUAUUCAUUACUCAUGCUGUUUUGAUUAUCCAUUCAUUAUUAUUUUAUGCCACCUCUCUGCUCAGACCGAGUAUGGUAUUCCUCUGAAUAUUGAACAAUAAUAGUGGCAGUGUUGUUGUGUUGUUGACGCCUGAUUAAGUUUGUUUUUCCCCUCCUCACUGUAUCUUGCCUUUUUUGUGUUUGGUCUCCAUUAUGCUUUCUUUGAUAUACAGAAAAAUAAAACCAGUUGAACAUGAUAUAAUAA